ACCGCCGCGAGCGCACGCCAGUCGCUACAUUUUAUAUAUUCACCAGUUACACGCGACCGCUAAUUAGUUUUGUAUGAAAUCAUUAGACUGGAAUAUGUCCUUUCGUGUGUAAGAGACCAUUGUUCGUCGGAUCAUGCUCUCCGCUGCCCUCGAAACGUGAGAAUAAGGUGGUUCGUGCGAUGGUGACGUAAGAUAAGAUGCUUUGGGCUCCGUGGUGGUGUCUCCUGGCGAUGGUGGUGCGAUGCACCACGCAGCGCGCCGAGCCGACAGCGUGCGACGACGACGCUUGUCGCUGCGAUUCCUUCACCAGGCUUAUAUGCCACUGCACCGAUGAUUACAAAGAGCUGACCCUCAGACCGGACGGGGCGUACCGAAUACCACCGACGGCCACGGCCAUUAUCAUCGACGGCUGCGACCGACUCAUCUUCCUCCCCGACACCGUCAGGAAUCUCAUACACCUGCGGCUCGUGGAGAUCCGCAACGUCAGCCAUGUCGUUGUAAACGAACGUUCCCUCGCCUGGAACCCCUUCUCUAGGGACAGCGAGACGAACCCUGGACUGCGGAUACUGAUACACAACAGCACAAUCAACGAGAUAUCAUCGUACGCGGUUCAAGGCCGCGUCGAUGACAUAGUUAUAAGUGAUAGUAGAAUUAACGUUCUAAGGCCAUUCGCAUUUUCUAGUCUUACCGGUGUGAAAACCAUAGAGCUCACUAAUAAUAUAUUCGAUAACAUAGAGAUACAGUCGUUCAAGAAGUUCACGACUAACAACUUCAUUCUGCGCGGGGGGCGGGCGAGCACUCUGCCCAGCCGGUUCCUAUCCGACGUGGAAGUGACCAACCUCUUCCGGGUCGAGGGUGUUUCUAUUAAGCAUCUAUCUAGUUUGACAUUUCUUGUCAGUUUACCAAAGAGAAUAUUAGUAGAGAGUAACUCGAUAGACACGUUGGACGGGGACGGCUUCCACAUGAGCGCCCGGGGCCCGAUCACGUUCAGGAAUAACACAGUGAUGACCGUCAGAAACGGUGCCUUCCUCGGUUUCACCGCCGACGUCGAGGUGGUCUCGCUGAUGGGGCGACAGGAACUGUUGAUAGACAACAACACUAUAACGACUCUCAGCCCGUCAUCGCUGACGUACAAUAAGACAUCAUUACUGCUUCGAUUGGACGGAUUGAAUUUGAACAUGACUUGCACGUGUCAGCUGGCGGACGAGUGGAGAGGUAUGUUGAGCGAGCAGGGUGGCAUUAUAAACUGCUGGUACGAGUUGGAAGGCCACUACGUCUCGAUCCCCACCUACUUAGAUACUAGAUGUGGUGCAUUUAAAAACACGUUUUGGAUAUUUGUCGUCGUGGGUGUUUUCGUAAUAGCGGUGGCAGCAGCGAUCGCAGUUUACUUCAUUUUGAGACGCGAAAACGAAAAGAAGAAGAAACUGCAAAUAGUGAUGCCGGACGGCAAAACGUACAGGGAGACAGAAUUCCACAUCGUGGUGGAAAGAGCUGAGCUUCUAACGACUGAUCUAUGAAGUGGACUUUCACAAUGAUCUCGCGCAUUGAGUGCUUAGUGAAGUGACUGUGAAGGCAAAGUAAAGACAGAACAUUUCGAGGGGGGGCCUUUAUAGGGUAUGCUACCUCAGUGACUAAAACUGUGCCAAGUUGUUAUGUUUCAGUAUUAUGCGAUAUAAAUGUUAUUGGUUAAGUUUGUAUUUAACUGUUCUCAAUCAACGACCUAUUUAAAAUAAAAGUACAAACAGUA